AUACUCCCCCACAUCCAGUUUGCCAGACACAGGCUCAGAGGAGGACUGUUCAGCAGCUGCAGAGGAGGCACCGCAGGACUGGAAAUCUGUGCUCCGGAAUCUGUAUGCACAGCAAAGAUGAGAUCCACAGCUGAGAUUUCAGAGAUUUAAGGCAUCCGCACAUGCACAAACACACGUGAGAAUUUCUCCAGGGGGCAGAAGGAGACACCUAGAAUGUGUCUGGGAAUCUGAGACACUGCAAGUGGGCAGGGUACAUUUCUUUGUACCCACCCUACCUGUGCCAGGGGCACAUAUCCAGCUUGCCUGGAGCCAUCAAAUUGAAUGAUAAGGCAAAAGAAGAUAAAUAAUCUCAAAUCUUGCUCUUUCAAAUAGUAGGCAUUAGGGUGUAAUCCACAGAUGAAGAGACUUAACAGUCUGUCUGAAGAUCCCCAGCUCACCUUCUCUAUUACAGUUUGCAGUUACCUUGUCUGAUACCAAUCACCCUCCCUUACGCCACCCUGUGUUGUGCACAGGACCUUGUGUGUAUUCCAAGCAGGAGCCAGACUGGCUUGUGGUGCAGUUUGGGAGACCACUCUGUACUCUUAAGUGCAGAAACCUCUAGCCCUCCCUCCUGGCAACAUUGAGAUUCAGGACUUGGCCACAUGAUGGAUUUAGAGCAGAUUGGCACUGAUAGCCUGAAGCAUCUCAUCCAGUCUCUGGAGCUUUGAUGGAGAAAUUGACUCUGAACGACACAAUCAGCUCAUUAGCCAGUUUAUAAGUGAUUCAUCUACUUCAGCCCCCAAGACUCUAAGUGCCUCUGCAUAUGGUGCAUCUUCUGUCCCUAAAGCCAUGAGCUGACACUCAGGACAGGACUGCAGCUGAGUCCUGUGCAGCAAUGGAGCAGUGACACACACACAAUCACUUACAUGUACACACUCACAUAUACCCAUGCAAACAAUGUGAGAGGCAAACAUCAGGAUUUUCAGGAUUCCCCCCAGCAGCCUGUGCACCAUGGGGGCUUUCUUCCUUUUGAUGAUCACCCUUACUGCAGGAGUUGCUGUUGCACAGAUUUGCCCAAAAAGAUGUCUGUGCCAGAAUCUGGCUCCAUCCUUAGCUAUCCUGUGUGCCAAGACUGGGCUGCUCUUUGUGCCAUCAGUCAUAGACCCUCGGACAGUGGAACUCAGACUCACUGACAAUUUUAUUACAGUCAUCAGAAGGAGAGACUUCACAAACAUGACCAGACUGCUUCACCUCACUCUCUCCAGGAAUACUAUCAGUCAUAUCACCCCAUACACAUUUGCUGAUCUCCGGGGGUUGAGAGCAUUGCAUCUGGACAAUAACCGUAUUCUCUCCAUGGGAGAUGAGCAACUCAAAGGUCUGCAGAAUUUGAGACAUCUCAUUCUUAGCAACAACCAACUCAGCACUAUUUCUCCAGGCUCAUUCCAGGAUUUUGUUGGCACCCUGGAGGAUCUAGACCUUUCAUACAACAACCUGGUGAAGGUCCCUUGGGAGACCAUAUCUAAGUUGAUGAAUGUUAACUCCCUGAGCCUUGAUCACAAUCUAAUUGAAUAUGUUCCAGGGGGGGUCUUCACCAACUUGCACAAACUAGCUAGGUUAGAUAUGACCUCCAAUAAGCUGAAGACCAUUCCCCCUGACCCUUUGUUCCUACGAAUUCCAGUUUAUGCCAAGUCAAAAGGAUCACCUUUGUCCUCACUUGUACUUGGAUUUGGUGGAAACCCAUUGCACUGUAAUUGUGAGCUGCUGUGGCUCCGGCGCUUCACCAGAGAGGAUGAUCUGGAGACAUGUGCUUCCCCAUCUAACCUUAUGGGAAAAUAUUUUUGGAGUAUUUCCGAGGAAGAGUUCAUGUGUGACCCACCAGUUGUAACUCAUCACUCAAUGCGUACAUCAGUUUUGGAAGGAGAAGGAGUUGUGCUAAAAUGUAAGGCUGUAGGAGACCCUGAACCCUCAAUUCACUGGGUGUCACCAGAGGGUAAAGUGGUAUCAAACUCAUCCAGGGCUGUCUCAUAUGAGAAUGGAACACUGGAAAUCACUAUCACGACUGUAAGAGACUCUGGCUCCUUUACUUGCAUUGCCUCCAAUACAGCCGGGGAUGCCACAGCAUCUGUGGAGUUGGUUGUCAGUCCCCUUCCUCACCCAGCUAAUGCCAGCCAAAGGCACCACAGGCUAGACAAAGGGCCUUCUGACAUUCUCACACCAGCAAAACCUGGAGCUGCACAAAAUGAAUCCAGCAGCCACUCAGAUAGAAAGGUGGUAAUGAUGCAUCACAGUCACAACUCAGCUUUAAUUCAGUGGUUUUUGGAUCGAAAUAUACCAGGGAUUCGCAUGUACCAGAUUCAAUACAACAGUUCUUCUGAUGAAAGCCUCAUAUACAGGAUGAUCAACCCAAGUAACAAGAGCUUCCUUGUCAAUGACCUGGCACCGGGACGUGAGUAUGACCUCUGUGUCCUUGCUGUGUAUGACGACGGAAUGACCGCUCUAACUGCAACACGAUUAGUAGGCUGUGUCCAGUUCAGCACACAGGAGGAGAGUGGGCAGUGCCAGCCACUCCAUACUCAAUUCCUGGGAGGUACCAUGAUUAUCAUUAUAGGAGGAAUUAUUGUGGCAUCUGUGCUAGUGUUUAUCAUCAUCCUGAUGAUCAGGUACAAGGUAUACAGUGGCCAAGAGGAGGUGGGAAAAACCAGAGUAAGCAAUGUGUAUUCUCAGACCAAUGGACAUCAAGCUAUGGCAUGUGCCCACUCUUGUGCCAAGCUGAGUGGAGGUGCUGAGGAGCUGCCCCUUACUAUAGAGUUUGCUACAGCAGAAGAGGUGCCAUCCAACAAAAUAAACAAGCAUACAUGUGAGAAAAGCAGCUAUGCUCCAGAGCAGGGAAGCAAAGCAUUAGAGGAGAAGAGUACUUCCAGUGAGUGGACAGAUAUUAACAUCUGACUGAUGUUCCCAAUGAGCGUUGUUCAAGGAUGAAGAGCUAAGUAGACAGGUCUCAGGAAAUCCUGACGGCUAACUGACAGUUAAUUGCUGAUUCAUCGGGCGAGAUGGAGCACGGCUGUUUUCUGACCCUCUCAUCGGUAGUCUGAUUGCUGUUGCAGGCUAGUUACCAUGGAAAUCGGACGGCUGAGGUUUCUGAUCCCCUUUUUUCCUUGCUGCGUGACUCUCACAUAAACAUUUUUGAGCCCCCCUCACUGCUCAUCUUCUUCAAAACACUAAACAGAAUAAUAGAAGAGGUCCCAUUUCCUUUUCUAACCCCUCCCCAGAGACUGAAAACCAUUUUAUAGUUUUUUAAGAUAUAUAUAUAUACUUUUGUAAUCUGCCCAGAUGUUUUUUAAUAAAAAUUGCUUAAGAUGAACAGGCUCUAGUGCUGC